GUUGGAACGUGGUGUGAUGCCAUUCCCAGAGAUGGAAUGCACUUGUUGAUCCCCAGCUACCUAUAUCCUGCGUAGAAUGGUGGUAGUGUACGCGAUUCGCAAUGCUGGUUGCCAGGCAAUAGAUACUAUAGUAGUCUAACUGCGUCCUGCGAUGGUGUACAGUGUACAACAAGUCCCUUCCCCCGCCAGUCAGUGGUUCCUGGAUUUCCACUGUCCUGGAUCCUGCCCACAACGAAACACCACCAACCUCAACGUCGGGUCUAACACACCCAUUGAACCGCAACAUCUCGUUUCGAAUAUCAGAUCGAGAACUCGCUAUAUGCUUACCCACAGCGAUCUACAACUGCUCGUAAGCACUAUUGAUUUUCUUUUUUGUUCUUUUUUUUUUUUUUUUUUUUUCUCGGGGAGAAGGGGGUGGAUUGAUUUGGUAUCUGCUCGACUUGUGAAAAGUGUUACCCGACUAUCUACUGUACCUACCUACCUAGUGUGCCUGUGUUACCCGUCAACAACAGUGGUCUCGCUUAUUGUCAAUCAUCCAUCCAUCCAUCCAUCCAUCCAUCCAUCCGUCGGAUAAUCAUCACUAUUCUGGCAUUUUCAGUCAAUCACAUGCUGGCGUUCUUCGUGUCUUGGCCAGUCCAGUUCGCGCAUGGAAGCGGAAGCGGAAGGGAACAGGAAGAGAAGGAAAGGGAAGAGAAGAGAAGAAGGAACAGAAGAAAGGUUUUACAAGGAAGCUACAGUCAUGAC